AUGCCGCCCAAAAUGACGGCCAAAAUGACGGCAAAUCCGAUUCAGCCAGCUCGGUACAGAGCUGGCAAGCCAACAGGAGCUGACUCGGAAUCCUCGGAAUCAGAGAAUGACAACGAGGUGUCAGCCAAAAAGAAACAGCAACCCACGGCGGCGGCACCUUCUGCGCCAAGACGAACUGGUGCUGGGCGCGUUAUUGCGCCAGGGGCUCUGACGCAGGCCUUGCGCGAACCAAAAUACGACGAAGAUGAGAAGCGCAAAGCUCACGAGGCCAUCGAACGCAAGGCGACCGAAGAGGGAUUUGUUACCGAGUCCGAAGACGAAGAAGAGAGUGAUAGAGAGGAAGAGAACGACAGUGAUGAUGAUGACGAUGACGACGAUGAAGGGAGCUCAUCGGAAGAUGACAUGCCGACGCGCAAGAUCACACUGCCCAAAUUCAUGACGCGAGCACAACGAGAGCGAACCGCAAAAGCGCAGAACAGUGGGUGCAGAGACACAGACAGCACAAAGAAAAAGGGGGAGGAGGAGGGCGAGGAAGUGGAAGAAGAUGCAGAAGAAAUUGAGGCAAAAGAGAGGCAGGCGCAAGUGGACGCGCUUGUGGAGGAGCAGUUGCGGAAGCAGGCGGCGUCCAGGGUGGUCAGUAAGAAGCAGUGGGAGGAUUCGAACGAACUGGCGGCGGCGGCGGCGGCGGCGGCGGCGGGAGACGGUGACGAGGUGGUUGGUGACGUCAACACAGACGACGAUGUGAACCCGGAGGCAGAGUAUGCGGCGUGGAAGCUGCGGGAGCUGAAGCGGAUCAAGCGACAGCGCGAGCAGAUCGAGGAGAGGGAGCGCGAGCUGGCAGAGAUUGAGCGGCGGCGCAACCUAACGGAGGAGGAACGGCAGGCAGAAGACGAGGUACAUCUCGCCAAGCAGAAGGAGGAGAAGGACAGUCGUGGGCAGGCGGGCUUCAUGCAAAAGUACUACCACAAGGGGGCCUUCUACCAGGAGGAGACCAAGGCUGAGGGCUUGGACAAGCGCGACCUCAUGGGCGCACACUACGUGGAUGAGAUCCGGAACCGCGAGAUGCUGCCUAAGUCGCUGCAGAUGCGCGACAUGACAAAACUCGGACGCAAGGGCGCGUCCAAAUACCGCGAUCUGCGGUCGGAGGACACGGGCCGCUGGGGCGUGCUGGACGACAAUCGCAACCAGCAGCGGAACGGGGGCUGGGAUCGGGACCGUGAUCGUGAUCGUGGCCGCGAUCGCCUGGGCUACAUGGGUGCCGAAGAUAACAGUGGCGGCGGCGGCAACGAGCACGACGCAAAGGGUGCCAAUGCCAUGCCGCUGGGCGAGCGCAAGAAGCACAUUGACCGUGACAGGCGGCGAUCCCGAUCAAGGUCAACGCGGAGGGAGAGGAACAAGCGACGAGAAGGCGACGAUCAUGUACACGAUUGGAGGAAACGGUCGCCCUCUGGGUACGAGCAUAAUAGCGACAAACGGCGUAGAGUUGAAACAUAG